AUUGCACCCCUCAUAUGCAUCAUCUCUUCUUUCUUUACUCAAAGCUUCACCCUCAUCUCCCAGGACAGCAAAUCGUUACCAAGCUCAAAUUGUACUCGGAAAGACUCGAGGUGCAUGAGAAGGAUCAUUUCUGACAUUUGUCUACAAAGAAACAGAGAUCGCCUCUUGUCAUUCUCCGUCUCCCAAAGCGACACGGGCAGGGCACAGUCACAUUCACGCGUUGGUUUUCACCGGUCCUCCCAAUCUCCGGAGUCACUGGAUCCAACUGUGGAGAUGAGAGUCGAAGGCGGUGAUCCAGAGCUGCUUCCUGGAGGAGGUCUUGUCUUUGUCUUGUUUCUGUCCUCCCCAAUUGUGACGGGCGCCGAUUCCUUCCUAGCCUCUGGGGGCAAGCAGAUGGAAACUCCUCGCAGAAUUGCUGUCUGAAGAAGAUAAAGCUAUUAUCAGUGAUCAUCCUUUGCACAAGCCAAAGGAUACGGCAUGGCUAUCCUACAUAUCCAAACGAGGAGU